UUAACGCAAAUCCAUUGAAAAGUACAACCAGUUGGAAUCACUUCUCCAUCUCUCAGCCACUCAGACAUGGACCACGCUCAUCACAAUACCGGAGGAGUUGAUCACUCUAUGAUGCAUCAUGAUCAUCCGGGCAUGCAUCAUGAUCAUUUAAGUGCCGCCGUUGCCACAGCCACCACAGAGGAUCCAGCUGCCAUGUUGGCGCCUCUAUUCACCGGCUCCGCGUCGGAUGUCCUGCCGGUGGCGGAUGUUCAUGCCGGACACCAUGCCGGACAUCAUGGUGGCUCCGGUACGGGCAUGGAACACAUGAUGCCCAUGGCGUUCCAUUUCGGUUAUAAUGAGACGAUCUUGUUCUCGUGGUGGCACAUUGAAACGGUGGCCGGUCUGGUGGGCUCCAUGAUAGCCAUUUUUGUGCUGGCGUUGUUGUACGAGGGCCUGAAAUACUACCGGGAGUACCUGUUCUGGAAGACGUACAACCUGCUGGAGUACCGACCGGUGACGGGGCCGCAACGCAAUCCAGAGGCGCCACGUCUUCCCUCCCCGGCAGCAGCCGCACCAUCGCCUGUGCAAUACGUGGGCGAAGUUGUUCACAAGCAACCACCAUCGAUGCUAUCGUUUAACCACCUGCUGCAAACACUCCUGCACGUCCUCCAGGUGACGCUCUCCUUCCUCCUCAUGCUGAUCUUCAUGACCUACAACGUGUGGCUCUGCCUGAUGGUCGUCUUGGGCGCCGGUGUCGGUUACUUUCUGUUUUGCUGGAAAAAGUCGGUGAUUGUGGACGUGACGGAGCACUGUCACUAGCAGAGGACCAGGGACACAGGACCACCCCAUCCAACAGGCUCAACCCAACAGAGUAGAUACCCACACCUGAACCUCAGCCAACGAUGUCUGACCUCGGAGGAGGAGGAUGUUGAGGUGACGGCUGCUAUCUAAACAUGGCAAUGUUUUUGGGAUUCCCCCCCACCCGGAAGUUCUCACCCCACAAAAUCAUACUUCAUAACCCCCCACACACUCUCUAGAUAUCUCUAGGAAUUCAGAAAAAUAAUGAUUUUUAGGCAAAAAGUGUUGUAGAAGCUUUUAGGGAAUUAUUUGUAAUGAAAGUGAAACAAAAAAAAAUGCAAUAUUUCAACAAAAUACUGUUAUUUCGAAGGACUCUACACACCCAAAAAGCAAAUAUUAUUUUUUUUUAUCACAAUUAUAACAUUUUGUAUCCUUAUUAUAUAUACAAUUAUGAUGAUUAUGAUGAUUAUAAUGAUUAUUAAUAUUA